UUGCAGGAGAUGAAUCAACCAGUCAGGUAUGCAUCAUGUAGUGAAACCGGUCUUGAUGGCCCUGAUCAGGUACUACCUACGGACGCAGAUAUCACGUAUAAUGCCGAUGGCAGAGUACGAAUAAAAUUAGAUAGCAACAGAUUCAAUUCACACAUACCCGUAUCAAUCCCUGGAGUUUUGACUAGAACAGCAAAGCUUCACCCUGAUCACAUAGCGUUGGUAUCUAGACCUGAUAUCAAUGGCAAAAGAACCACGUAUACUUUCCAAGAAUACGAGUCCACUGUAAGAAUCAUUGCAAAAGCGUUUUUGAAGUUGGGUUUGAAGCGACAUUACAGUGUCUGUAUAUUAGGAUUUAAUAGUCCGGAAUGGAUAAUUGCCAAACUCGCAACUAUAUACGCUGGUGGGAUCGCUGCAGGGAUUUAUGCCUCAAAUUCACCGGAGACAUGCCAAUAUUGCGCUGAACAUAGUCGGGCAAAUAUAAUAGUUGUUGAAGAUGAGAAACAAUUGCAAAAAAUAUUACAAAUAAAACACAAUUUACCUCAUUUGAAGGCAAUCGUUCAAUAUAACGGCAUACCAACCGAAAAGGAUGUUUUGAGCUGGGACAAUUUAUUAGACAUAGGUAAAAAAGAAUCAGAGGAUAAAUUACUAUCUGUGUUAAAGACGAUAGGAAUAAAUGAAUGUUGCAUUUUGGUUUAUACGUCGGGAACAGUCGGAAAGCCAAAAGCUGUAAUGCUAAAUCAUGAUAAUAUAUUGUUCAACGUACGCGCAUUGUUACCAGUGCUACGUAUGAAAGAAAAAUCAGAAGUUACAGUUAGCUAUUUGCCACUAUCUCAUGUUGCAGGACAGAUAGUUGACAUCAUAAUAAACAUAAUGUUAGCGACCACAGUAUAUUUUGCGGACCCAAAUGCAUUAAAGGGUACAUUAAUAAAUACGUUACUUAUAGCGCAACCGACUAUCUUGCUAGGAGUUCCCAGAGUAUGGGAAAAGAUAUAUGAAAAGAUGCAAGAAAAAGCGCGCAGUAACGGUGUAAUUAAAACCUGGAUUGCUAAAUGGGCAAAAGCACAAGGUCUUCAUUAUUACACGAAUAAAAUGAAUGGCAUAAAUUACAAACAUUGGGGCUACGUCUUUGCAAAAUGGCUUGUUUUCGACAAAGUCAAGGCAGCAUUGGGUUUAAAUAAGUGCCAUAUCUUCGCUACCGCAGCAGCACCCAUAAAUAUCGAUAUUAAAAAGUAUUUCUUGAGUUUAGAUAUACCUUUAAUAGAGUUGUAUGGACUGUCUGAAAGUAGUGGACCUCAUACAUGUAUCGACUUUAAAAAAUAUAGCAUGGAUGGUGUAGGAAAACCUUUACCUGGGUUAUAUACAAAGCUAGACAAUAUAAAUGAACAUGGCGAGGGAGAGAUUUGUAUAAGUGGACGACAUGUAUUUAUGGGUUAUUUAAAUGCACCGGAGCAAACAAAAGAAACCAAAGAUAAAGAUGGCUGGUUCCAUAGUGGUGAUCUUGGUAAAUUUGAUUCAAACGGGAAUUUAUCUAUUACUGGUAGAAUAAAAGAACUGAUAAUCACAAGUGGAGGGGAAAACGUGACAUCGUACAACAUAGAGCAAGCGGUAUUGUCGGAAUUACCAUAUUUAAGUAAUGCCAUGGUAAUAGGAGAUAAAAGGAAAUAUUUAACAAUCCUUGUCACGCUUAAGAGUAAUAUGAAUGAAGAAACUGGUGCGCCGUUAGAUACGCUAGCACUAGAUGUAUUAAAAUGGGCACAGUCUAUUGGUAGCAAUGUCAAAACGGUUACAGAACUCAUAAACUCUCGUGAUGCAGCUAUAUAUGAAGAAAUCGACAAGGCAAUUAAGAGAGCGAAUAUGCAAGCUAUAAGUAAUGCUCAAAAAGUACAGAAAUUCGAAAUUCUUCCUCAUGACUUUUCGAUUCCAACUGGUGAAUUGGGGCCCACGUUAAAGCUUAGAAAGAACAUAGUUCAGAAGAUGUAUGCUGAUUUAAUAGAUAAAAUGUAUGAAUAAAGUUCUCCACUACU